AGUUCCAAUCGAACCCAAAGCAACAACGAGAAGUUCAGUCCCGCCGCGCUUCAAUCAACCGCAAUUUCAAUCAAGAUGUUCGCCAAAGUUGUGAUCUGCCUGGUCGUGUGCGCCACCCUGACGUCGGCCGCCGUUCUGCCCCUGGCCGCUGCCCCGCUGGCCGCCGGAGUUGUCGCCCCGUACGCCACCUCGUACAACGCGCACACCGUGAACCACAACAUUGCGGCGCCGUACGUGGCGGCGGCCGCUCCCCUGGCCACCGCCCGGUACGUGGCCGCCCCGGUUGCUGCUCCCGUGGCCGCCAGAUACGUUGCUGCGGCACCAGCUGCCCCGGUGGCGUACGCUGCUGCCUCCCCGUACGCGGUCUCCCCGUACAGCUACCCGUACCUGUUCUAAGGAAAAAAUAAUGGGAGCUCUUGAAGGAGCGCUCUACUAGUCAAUGGUGAUGAUGCUGGACAAUAGCUGUUAUGAAUAAGAAAUCUUGUUGAAAUUUA